AUGGCUUCACGAGGCGCAAAACGCUUUUUGAAGCCGGCGCUGUACACCGUCGGUGCUGCCGCCGUCGGUGGAGGCCUCUACGCUUCCGUCAAGCCCCGCGAUAUCCCUGGCCAUGAGCCUGCUGCUGUCCCUCCUCCCCGCUACGGCGAGGGAGGCACCUUCAGCCCCCCCAACUUCCCCCGUGUCAAGACGCGCGAGGAGCAGAUUGCCGACCUGAAGAAGAGCGCCGCCAACAACGCUACCAAGGCCCUCGACGCCGCCAAAAAGGGUCUCUCUCGCAUCGCCGGCUCCGACGAGGGCGCCGUGGGUCAGCCUGAAGACGACCCCUACGACCUCCUCGUCAUUGGCGGUGGUGCGACUGGUACUGGUAUUGCGCUUGAUGCCGCGACUCGCGGUCUGAAGGUCGCAAUGGUCGAACGUGAUGAUUUCUCCUCUGGCACUUCUAGCAAGUCUACAAAGCUCGUCCACGGUGGCGUCCGGUAUUUGGAAAAGGCUGUUUGGGAAUUGGACUACAACCAGUACAAGCUCGUCGUCGAAGCUCUCCGCGAACGCAGGUACUUUUUGGACACGGCCCCUCAUCUCUCGUCUUGGCUCCCCAUUAUGAUUCCUCUCGACAAGUGGUGGAAGGCUCCCUACUUCUGGGCUGGUACCAAGUUCUACGACUUCCUGGCUGGUUCUGAGAACAUUGAAAGCUCCUACUUCUUGACCAAGAGCAGGGCCCUCGAGGCUUUCCCCAUGCUCAAGAAGUCUGAUCUCGUCGGUGCUCUGGUUUACUACGAUGGUGCUCACAACGACUCUCGGAUGAACGUCUCCCUGGCUAUGACUGCUGCUCUCUACGGCGCGACUGUUGUCAACCACAUUGAGGUCACUGGUUUGGAAAAGGACGCCAAUGGCAGGCUCAGCGGCGCUCGCGUCAAGGACUGCAUCGACGAAUCCAACGGCAAGACUCCUCAGGAAUUCUCUAUUCGCGCUAAGGGUAUCAUCAACGCUACCGGACCAUUCACGGACUCCAUCCGCAAGAUGGACGACCAGAAGGUCCAGGAAAUUGUUGCCCCCAGCUCUGGUGUUCACGUCAUUCUUCCCGGUUACUUCUCGCCUUCGAACAUGGGUCUCAUCGAUCCGUCGACUUCGGACGGUCGUGUUAUCUUCUUCCUCCCCUGGCAGGGUAACACGAUCGCUGGUACCACCGACGCCCCGACCGACAUCCAGCAGAACCCCAUUGCUGGUGAGGAAGAGAUCAACUGGAUUCUGAACGAGAUCAGCGGCUACCUUGCUCCCGACAUCAACGUCCGUCGCAGCGAUGUCCUCGCUGCCUGGUCUGGUAUUCGUCCUCUUGUCCGCGACCCCAAGGCUCAGAAGACCGAGGGUCUUGUCCGUAACCACCUGAUCACCACCUCUACUUCCGGACUCAUGACCUGCGCUGGCGGCAAGUGGACCACUUACCGUGAGAUGGCUGAGCAGACUGUCGACGAGGCUAUCAAGGAAUUCAAGCUGCAACCCAAGGCUAUCACCACCCCUCCCCGCAUCUCCGGUACCGAGGCCGUUGACGACAAGGCUACUCUUGACGGAUCCUGCCAGACUCACCGCGUUCGCCUGAUCGGUGCCCACGGCUACAGCAAGACUCUCUUCAUCAACCUGAUCCAGCACUACGGUAUCGAGACCGAGGUGGCCCACCACCUCACCACUGCCUACGGUGACCGCGCCUGGACCGUCUCUGCUCUCUCUGACCCGACCAACCUCCAGUUCCCCGUCCGCGGCAAGCGCAUCUCCCCUCUGUACCCCUUCGUCGAUGGUGAGGUUCGCUACGCCGUCCAGCACGAGUACGCUCAGACCGCUGUUGAUGUUAUCGCUCGCCGCACCCGUCUCGCUUUCCUGAACGCCCAGGCCGCUCUUGAGGCUCUGCCCAAUGUUAUCGACCUCAUGACCGCCGAGCUUGGCUGGGACAGGAAGAGGCAGGAGCGCGAGUGGAGAGAUGCCAUGACCUACCUUGGCAGCAUGGGCCUGCCCAAGGGCAAGCUCACCCUAACCCGGAAGGAUGUUGAGGCGGGCCGUCACCUCGGCCAGGAGUUUGACACUAGCGGCAAGGGUGACAAGCCGCGUGAGACGCUCCCCACGCAGUCCAACUUCCCCACGGGCCACAACCCCGUUGAGGGAUCCGAGUCGCGCGCCAACAAAUAA